UAUGGGGUUAAUUUGUAAUUAAAAUUAGUUCAAGGACUACGUAGUAAUUGAUAAAAAAAACUCCAAAAACAUGUUUUCUACUUGGACCACUAAGUGGUCCAAAGGUUCCUGGACCACUAAGUGGUCCAAAGGUUCCUGGACCACCGAAUCCCGUGCCAUAUAACAAUACAGAGUUAUUAUGUAUUGCUGCUGUGUGGAUUCAAAUUUACUCACAAUAUUAUAUACUAUAUAAUAAAGUGCAUUAUUUCCGUAAGAUAACUAUAUCAAAACGAAAAACGAAAAACAGGAUUGUUCACCUCUCAAAAGAACAGGCUUAAUUUGAUUUUCGGCCAAAAAGAGCUUGCUGUUAGAGAAUGAUUUUGUGUUUUGGGACUUACCUUCCCGCCCGAAAUUAUAGCAUUUUGAAUGAUGAUGAAAAAUGGACUACCUUAUCCUGUAUGGUUUAUAUCUAAGUUUUUCUUCUCCGGGCUUGAAGCCCCGUAUUAGUACCCCAAAAAAAAAAAAUACAAAUUUGGAUGUUAAUACCAACAAAAUAUUUAUAGAUUUGGAUGUUGUAUGAUGAGAAAGUUACAAAAGCUUAGAAGUUAGAAACAAUGUUCUAUUCUGAAACGGAGAAGGUUGGUUGUGAAGGCGAGGUGAAGGAGGGUGGUGAGGUAUGUUGUUCUAAGGAAGAUGGUGUUGUUGGUGGGGCAACACCGGUUUCAAUUACAGGUGAUGGUGGUAGUUUGAAGUGUUCUGUUGUUUCUAUGGAGAAGCCAUUUAGGAGGUUUACUAGGUCUCUACUAAAGAGAAAGUUGGAAGAUGAUGUUAGUGGUGCAAAGGUUGGGAAUGAUAAGGUAAAUAACAAUGCCGAAACUGUUGAAGUUGGUGGUGAUGUCAAGCAGGAAAUUGAAGAUGGUGCAUUGGUUGCUGUGUGCAAGGCUAGUACUAAGAGGUGCCCAACAAGUCUGAAGGAGCUUCUAGCCACAGGGAUUCUUGAGGGUGUGGCAGUGAAUUAUGCUCACAGUGUGAAGGCAAGCAAGGCUGGAUAAGCAGGGCUUCGGGGAGUGAUUAAUGGUGAUGGGAUUGUGUGCAAUUGUGAAGAUUGCCAUGGUGUUGAGGUUGUGACGCCCACCUUGUUUAAGCUUCAUGCUAGUCGUUUAAACAAGUGCCCCCCCGAGUAUAUAUACCAUGAGAAUGGGAGUACUCUUCGUGAUGUCAUGAAUGCAUGUUUGGAUGUACCAUUAGAAACCUUGGAAGUUGUCCAAAAAGUCAUUGGAGGAGGCUUCACCAUAAAGAAAUC